AGUAGAGUAGCUAAAUAAAGCAGUCCGAUCUGCUCCUCACUUCACCGUGUCAAAAAGCAGUGCGGCCACGUCGCGCGUGUGUGUGAGAGCAGGAGACCGAGGUAAAGACUUUAAACCCUGCCCGGCCUCUCAACGCUACAAGCAGCAUCUUCUGGAGGCAUCUGAACAGCUAGCUAGCCUGUUAGCUAAUUGUGUCAAUUGAUUAAAAAAAUGAACGGCCAUCAGGACGGUUUCCAUAACAACUCGCACAUUGAUGAGGACUGCUUCCUCUUCACGUCUGAAUCAGUCGGAGAAGGACACCCCGAUAAGAUCUGUGACCAAAUCAGUGAUGCCGUGUUGGAUGCACAUCUCAGACAGGAUCCUGAUGCCAAAGUAGCAUGUGAGACUGUUACUAAGACAGGGAUGAUCCUGCUGGCGGGGGAGAUCACCUCCAGGGCCAACGUUGACUACCAGAAGGUUGUCAGGGACACAAUCAAACACAUAGGCUACGACGACUCCUCCAAAGGCUUUGACUAUAAGACCUGCAAUGUGCUGGUGGCUUUGGAGCAGCAAUCCCCUGACAUUGCUCAGGGUGUUCACCUGGAUCGAAAAGAGGAGGACGUGGGAGCCGGUGACCAGGGUCUGAUGUUUGGAUAUGCCACUGAUGAGACUGAGGAGUGUAUGCCCCUCACUAUCAUCCUGGCUCACAAGCUCAAUGCCAGGAUGGCUGAGUUACGCCGAAAUGGAACGCUGCCGUGGCUCCGACCAGAUUCCAAAACUCAGGUGACUGUUCAGUACAAGCAGGAUCGAGGCGCCAUGGUGCCAUUGCGUGUCCACACCGUUGUGGUCUCUGUGCAACAUGAUGAGGGUGUAAGUUUGGACGAGAUGUGCCAUUGUCUGAAAGAGCAGGUGGUCAAAGCGGUGAUUCCUGAUGGGUACCUCGACGAUGAAACCAUAUACCACCUGCAGCCCAGUGGCCGCUUUGUUAUUGGAGGACCGCAGGGUGAUGCUGGUGUGACUGGGCGUAAAAUCAUUGUUGAUACUUACGGGGGUUGGGGUGCCCACGGAGGCGGAGCUUUUUCUGGGAAGGACUACACAAAGGUGGAUCGCUCUGCUGCCUACGCUGCCCGCUGGGUGGCCAAAUCUCUGGUGAAAGCUGGGCUCUGCAGGCGUGUGAUGGUACAGGUAUCCUAUGCUAUUGGAGUUGCACAUCCACUCUCCAUCUCCAUCUUCCACUAUGGGACCUCCCAGAAGAAUGAGAAGGAGCUACUGGACAUUGUGAAGAACAACUUUGACCUCCGUCCUGGAGUCAUCGUGAGGGAUCUUGACCUGAAGAAGCCCAUCUACCAGCACACAGCAGCUUACGGUCACUUUGGUCGUGAUGUCUUUUCAUGGGAGGUGCCCAAGAAGCUGAAAUACUGAACACCUCUAAUCUCUCACAGGGCCUUAGCUGUAAUCACAGAUAAACCUCUGUGUCUGUCUACCACCCUCCCUCCUUCCUCCUCCCACCUCUUCCUUGUCAUACACACAGCUCCAUCACCACAGCCUCUACUAAAUGGGAAAAAAAUGUCUUUCUCCACCUGCUAGUAUUGUACACAUCUCUAAGAUAUUAAAUUGAACAGACCCGUUGGCGGAAUUGCCAGCUUUUAUUGAUCUUUGUUAACUUGUAUCUCUGCAAAUCUGCCAACUAUUAUUGACAGUAUAUAUUUAAAUCAUAUUUAUAGCCUGUUUCCAAAAGGACCAUAUGGAUAUUUACCAGUAACAGUGGUGUUUUGUAAGACAUUUGUGGAAUUUCUCAGCUUUUAAAUUCAGAAUCUCACCGCAGUUUAGAUUUAAAAGUGAUUAGCAGUUUAGUGUUGAAGGAAACAUCCCUUAUAUUCCUCUUAAAGCCCACACCACCUUCUUUUGAAGUUUUGAUGGCAUAAAUAAGGUCAAGUACUUGUUGAGUGAUAUGUAAAAUCUGCAAAAAAUUUGUUUGUGCUGUCCCUUCAGGCCUUUAUUUAUUUUUUUCUGACGUUUUACAGAGAAGUCAGAAGCUGCUAAUGACUUUUUUGGUUAUGUUGGGCUGCACCAUGACAUUAAGUUUUGUAAUUUAUUUCAUUGGUUUAAAUGUCAUUAAGUGUUCCAGAUGAUAUAUUGCUACUGACCAAGAUAAAGGCGAGGUAUAGUACUUCCCCUUCCUGAGACCGACUCUGGGUGUAGUUACAGAGAAACCCAGCUCUGUCACCUCUGGGGAGGGGGUCUUUAUCCCACAGCAACACCAUACUUGAAAUAUUUUAUAGAAUGGCGUUUUGACUAUUGUGGGACCCAACAGUUUGACCAGCAAAAAAGGACAACUUAAUAAUGUGUGCCACAUGUUUUUGUACCGAAACACUGUGUCGGUCCACUCAGUCGCACACAUUUAGGGUCCUUCAGUCUCACCUGCACUGGCAUGGAAGAACAUGAAGAGCAGAGCCACAGACAAAGAGAUAAGAGGCGGCGCACUUUCAGCUUAGUGAAUGUAAGACAUGGUAUUACUGUUCUUGCCUUGUCAGUGUAGUUAGUUUUGUUCACUUAAGGAAAUGGGAUCAGAUAUAUUGAAUCUUUCACUGGAAUUGCACAGCACAAUGGUUCUUAUAGUUACCAGAAGUGGAAAAGGCCUCUGUUUUUAAUGUUCUAUGUACAAUAUUUCCAUAAUGUAUGUUGAGCUGGUAGCUGAAGCUUUUAAUUAUUUAUAAAAACAUUACUUCUUUUCACCAUGGCUCAUGGUUGGCAAAAGUCAGAUUUUUUCUGAAUGGUACACUUAAAUCACCCCCGGUUUGUCAAGGUUUACCCCUCUCCUUGUUUUUUCAAAUACUGUUGGCGAGUUUACUUGCAGGACAUGCAGAUAAAUUGAGGAAGCAUGUGUACCAGAGACCCCGGCUAGAUUUUAACCCAAGAAGUUGUAAAUGAACCGUAUAAGCCUCUUUAAUGCUGUGCUGAAGUUACCUUUCUACGUGACUUCACUCCUAGAUGUGUAUCCUCACAAUAUAGUUGCAGAGUUGAGGCUAAGCCACCUGUAAGCCUGAGUGAGAUUGGUAUUCACCCUUUAAAAUCACUACAGUCCGUACCUGGUCUGAGCUGUGUGCACAGUAGUGUGCUCAAGCAUGUAGCUAGGUGGCAUAUAAAACUGAAUUUUAUAUUUAUUUUUUUAUAUUUUUUCUCUGAAAACACUGAUAAUUUGUCUUUGGCCUCUCUGACAUCACAUUGUAGUUCCUUGAGUGUACUGCAGAUAAAACUCAGGUGGGAGAUGUUAUGUCUUGGACUUUUAUUUUUAUUUUUUUUUUUACAUUUCCAGCCUCUAGGUCUGACGAGGGAAAUGAUUGGUUGGUUGGUUUUGUACUGAGAAACCAGCCUGUUUGCACUGAGCAUUUUUUUUUCUUCUGUUAAAUCAUAUUUUUAAUGAUUACAGGUGGAGUUGGUCAAUGUGGUUGCUGAAUGUGUAAAAGUGCCUUUUCUCAUUUUCUGCACUGCCCUUAUCCCCUGCCCCCAGCUAUCUGACUCCUUACCUAUUGACCCUCCCCCGACACCCCCCAGUUUAUUCCAAAAUAAGCAAAAUCCUCUUCAAAAAGUCAUACUGAGGACUCUAAUUUGGUGUUUCUUUUUUAAACCCUGCAAAUAAACACUGUAAACACUUGU